GCCUCCUCUGGCUCUGUGUCUCUGUCCUCAGCGUCCACGUCCUCGCCCGACCGCGCCAUGGAGGGUUACCAUAAGCCAGAUCAGCAGAAGCUCCAGGCCCUGAAGGACACAGCCAAUCGCCUGCGCAUCAGCUCCAUCCAGGCCACCACCGCGGCAGGCUCGGGACACCCCACAUCAUGCUGCAGCGCUGCCGAGAUCAUGGCUGUCCUGUUUUUCCAUACCAUGCGCUACAAGGCCCUGGAUCCCCGAAACCCUCACAAUGAUCGCUUUGUGCUCUCCAAGGGCCAUGCAGCUCCCAUCUUAUAUGCAGUCUGGGCUGAAGCUGGCUUCCUGCCCGAGGCAGAGCUGCUGAACUUGAGGAAAAUCAGCUCUGACUUGGAUGGGCAUCCUGUCCCGAAACAAGCCUUCACCGAUGUGGCCACUGGCUCCCUGGGCCAGGGGCUGGGAGCUGCGUGCGGGAUGGCAUACACAGGCAAAUACUUCGACAAAGCCAGCUACCGAGUCUAUUGCAUGCUGGGAGACGGGGAGGUGUCCGAGGGCUCCGUCUGGGAGGCCAUGGCCUUCGCUGGAAUUUACAAGCUGGACAACCUCGUUGCCAUUUUUGACAUCAACCGUCUGGGCCAGAGCGACCCAGCCCCGCUGCAGCACCAAGUGGACGUCUACCAGAAGCGCUGUGAGGCCUUUGGCUGGCACGCCAUCAUCGUGGAUGGGCACAGCGUGGAGGAGCUGUGCAAGGCCUUUGGUCAGGCCAAGCACCAACCAACAGCCAUCAUUGCCAAGACCUUCAAGGGCCGCGGGAUCACAGGGAUCGAAGACAAGGAGGCGUGGCACGGGAAGCCCCUCCCCAAAAACAUGGCUGAGCAGAUUAUCCAGGAGAUUUACAGCCAGGUUCAGAGCAAAAAGAAGAUCCUCGCCACGCCCCCUCAGGAGGAUGCCCCUUCCGUGGACAUUGCCAACAUCCGAAUGCCUACCCCGCCCAACUACAAAGUGGGAGACAAGAUAGCCACCCGGAAAGCCUAUGGAUUGGCCCUUGCCAAGCUGGGCCACGCCAGUGACCGCAUCAUCGCCCUGGAUGGAGACACCAAAAAUUCCACCUUCUCAGAGCUCUUCAAAAAGGAGCAUCCAGACCGCUUCAUCGAGUGCUACAUCGCUGAGCAGAACAUGGUGAGCAUUGCUGUGGGCUGUGCCACACGUGACAGGACAGUGCCCUUCUGCAGCACUUUUGCGGCCUUCUUCACACGCGCCUUCGACCAGAUCCGCAUGGCCGCCAUCUCCGAGAGCAACAUCAACCUCUGUGGCUCCCAUUGCGGCGUGUCCAUUGGGGAAGACGGGCCCUCGCAGAUGGCCCUGGAAGACCUGGCCAUGUUUCGGUCGGUCCCUAUGUCCACCGUCUUUUACCCAAGUGAUGGAGUUGCCACAGAGAAGGCAGUGGAAUUAGCAGCCAAUACAAAGGGCAUCUGCUUCAUUCGGACCAGCCGCCCAGAAAAUGCCAUUAUCUAUAGCAACAACGAGGAUUUCCAGGUUGGCCAAGCCAAGGUGGUCCUGAAGAGCAAGGAUGACCAAGUGACGGUGAUCGGGGCUGGUGUAACUCUGCACGAGGCUCUGGCUGCUGCAGAGAUGUUGAAGAAAGAGAAGAUCGGCGUCCGUGUACUGGACCCCUUCACCAUCAAGCCCCUGGACAAAAAGCUCAUUCUUGACUGUGCCAGAGCAACCAAAGGCAGGAUCCUCACCGUGGAGGACCACUACUAUGAAGGUGGCAUAGGCGAGGCGGUAUCUGCUGCCGUAGUGGGCGAACCUGGAGUCACGGUCACUCGCCUGGCAGUCAGCCAAGUACCACGAAGUGGGAAGCCAGCUGAGCUGCUGAAGAUGUUUGGUAUUGACAAAGACGCCAUUGUGCAAGCUGUGAAGGGCCUUGUCACCAAGGGCUAGGAAGGACAUGGGAUGCCGGGUGGGUGAACUACACAUUCCGGGGAUGUUCUGGCAAAGGUGCUCAAGGGUGUACCGAGUGGAAAGGUAAAUAUAUGUUUUGAGAAAAAAAUUAA